GAGGGCAAUCCAGACAUGUGCAUCAUUGUUCCGGAUGAAGACGAGAAGCCACCGGAAAUCGCUUACCAGAAUCCACCAGAGGUGAUAACGAUGACCAAUCCGUACAUUGAUGACCUGUACUGCCCAAGAGAGACGAAGCCUCCAUCUCCAUACCUGAGCGAUUACGACAAAGAAGAGCCCAUACGCAGGAGAGACAAUGUACUAGUCCGACUGCAGCACUCCCUGACGCGGCGGAAACGGAGCUGUGACGCUGAUCGGGGUCUGGAUGAGGGCAGCCAGCUACAGACGUUCGGCACCUUGGAUAAGAAGGGGGGUGUCUCGCUGCCCACCUCCAUCAGCCAGCACCAGUCGAUGGAGACUAUGAUUGCUGAUGACCCUCACAACCGAUGGUUUUCUGAUGUGCAGUCCGGCUUGGAACCCGAACGAGUCCACAUCGUGACCGGAAUGACCACGCCGUGCUGACCAAAUCACCCAGCCGUGUAAAGCCUGAUUGAGAAGACGCACUCGUGCAGCUCCGAACGAGUCCAGCAGAGUAAUUCACAACUGUCCCGCAGGAUGGCACCACUUGUAAAUCUAGGGUCAAAAGUAUUAGCUAAUCGAAUUAUGAGUUACAAAAUCAAAAGAGAUCACAAUAAGAGAGGAUAUAUGUAUUUCUUAAUUUCUUUCGAACAGAGGUUUACACAAGAUUCAUACUUAUAAAUAAAAGAGGUGAAGAAAACCAGGCAAAAUUUAAUAACAAAUUAAUAAAGUAUGUUUAAAGAUUAUACAGUCAGUGUUCCU